AUGUCGGGCCGCGGCAAGGGAGGCAAGGGGCUGGGCAAGGGCGGCGCCAAGCGCCACCGCAAGGUGCUCCGCGACAACAUCCAGGGCAUCACCAAGCCGGCCAUCCGCCGCCUCGCCCGCCGUGGCGGCGUGAAGCGCAUCUCCGGGCUCAUCUACGAGGAGACCCGCGGCGUCCUCAAGAUCUUCCUCGAGAACGUCAUCCGCGACGCCGUCACCUACACUGAGCACGCCCGCCGCAAGACCGUCACCGCCAUGGACGUCGUCUACGCGCUCAAGCGCCAGGGACGCACCCUCUACGGCUUCGGCGGCUAG